CUCACUCACUCACUUAAUAAUAUCACCCAGUUCCAAUUCCAGUUCAUUUAUCGUCCUCCUCUUCACAAUCCUCCAAGAACCUUUUCGCACUUCAGUCCGUGUCUUUAGUUGUUGCGGGGUCUUUGCGACAAGCUAAGAUCAGCUCUACGAAACGCUGUGUGCAGACGCCGACAAAGCCGCAACAUGACUGCGCCGGGACAGUACUAUGAGUUGUAUCGAGGCAGCAGCAUCGGUGAAUCCCUCAUUGAUACAAUCGAUGACUUAAUCAACGAGGGCCGCAUCGAGCCGCAACUCGCCAUGAAGAUCCUAUCCAACUUUGACAAAGCCAUUGCCGACACCCUUGCGGAAAAGGUCAAGUCGAGACUUACAUUCAAGGGACAUCUCGAAACAUAUCGCUUCUGCGACGAUGUGUGGACCUUCCUUGUCAAGGACGUGCGAUUCAAGAGCGAUGGCGGUCAAGAAUUUACAGCAGACAAGGUGAAGAUCGUGAGCUGUAAUUCCAAGAAGCCUGGAGAGGUUUAGGCAUGUGGCUGGAGGAAUAUGAAAUGACAAUUCUGGCUCCCAUGGACAUCCAGGGCAACGAUGCUGCAGGGCACGGGUUUCUGUUUUGAUUGCAUAGCGGGCGGCGUCUACGGGUCUCUGGCGAUGAUGAACGGAAGGGCAUUUGGUUCAUCAUCAGUGGCAGUUUGGUCAUGUUUCUACACAAAUAAAUACGACACCCUAGAACUCGGGGAAUUCUAUCCCUGUAGGUGGGAACAGACUGGAUACUCUAAAAGUGUAUGAUAGGGCAUUCAUGCAACUGGGAUGUUGCUGAGCUUACAAGGCAACGUGCUGAGUGUUCAACUUGACGAGUGUGAUCUUUGUUCUCUCUGUGCUGAGCCAAAGCCGCAUGAUGUGCGUGACUGCUUGAUCGCGUGUCUGUAUCUCAGGCAGCAACUCGUCCCUCGUCCCUCAUCCCUGGUCCCUCCUUCCUUCAACUCGUU